AUGUUUCCCUCCCUCUCGUAUGUCUUCUCACCGACAUAUCAUCUCAAGGCUUUCCAAGGCUACAUGCUAUGUUAUUUGAUGUUAUGGUACGAUACGGCAUGCCAUGUCGAGUGGACUCAGUGGAGUACUUGCCUGGGCUCUUUGACUCUCCCUCUCCUUCUCUCUCCCAUCACCCUCUCUCAGCACAUCGCAUCUAGACCUGAGAAGAAGGGAGAUUUCCCCAAGGGUGACCAAGCUCCCCCCUGUCCCCAUCUCCAUGCCCAUGUAACCAUAACAGGCGGGAUCACUUCACCCGGAGCUUCCAUCUGCCGCAGAGAGAGAGGGAGGGAUAGAAGUCAAGAAAACAAUGACAACCAUGUUCUCUCACCUUCUCACCUUCUCACCUUCUCACCUUCUCACCUUCUCACCUUCUCACCUUCUCACCUUCUCACCUUCUCCCACACCUUCCGGGGCACACCCGUACGCUUGCACGCAUCACUCGCCGCCGGCGCAUGGUUGGUGGUAAAUAGCACCCCCAUCCCCAUCCCCAUCCCCAUCCUCAUCCCCUCCUCCCCGUCUACCACCACCUCCGUGCCCUGGUCUCUUCUCCCUUUGGACGAAUAA